AAGCAAAAUCCGGGGUUUGCGUGGGGCAGAGUUCAGGUCUGGUUGUGGAGAGGAAGAAUCAGUGCCAGGUUGGAAUGUUCAGGAGACAUGUGAAAGAGUCGGAUACCAAGUUCUUCAAACACUGACACUGCCACUGACACUGCGACUACCGCUGCACUCCACUAGCACUUGACACAGCAUAAGCACAUUUACACUAGAAUAAAGUCAACCAAAUUCCUCGAACCUUCUUUUUCAAUUCCUUCCUCUUCCCCAUUUUGCAUCGCAUUUCCCAUACAACCACAUCCAUCAUGUCCAAAUUCUUCUCCCAGGCCGACGUGGCGUCGCAUAACAAAGCUGACGAUCUCUACGUGAUCAUUGACGAAGAUGUCUACGACCUCACCAAGUUCGCAGACGAGCACCCAGGUAUGCUGCUCUCUGCCUCAAUUUGCCACCAACCAUACUAAUCAUAUCCUUUUCACAGGUGGAAAGAAGAUCCUCACCCGAGUCGCCGGCAAAGAAGCCAGCAAACAAUUCUGGAAAUACCAUAACGAGGGCAUCCUCAAGAAAUACAAGGCGAAAUUGCAGGUCGGAUCGCUGGAUACCAAGAAGAAGGCUGCUGCUCCACCACCACCACCUCCAACAGAGGCUGUGAAGCCCAAGGCUGAGAGCGGUACAGUGGCAGCUGUGCCUGGAAAGGGUGCAAAGCAGGUAGUCGACAACACGGAUGCCGAGGUUUUGGAGCCAUAUGGUGACUUGAUCCCAUUCGCGGAUCCAAGUUGGUACCAAGGUGUAUGUUGACCCUCUUUCCCAAUUGCUACUAGCUGAGAGCUAACGAUAUGAAUCUUAGUUCCACUCUCCAUACUUCAACGAAACACAUGCCGCUCUCCGUGAGGAAGUCCGCGAAUGGAUCACUGAGAAGGUUGAGCCUUUUGUUGCGGAAUGGGAUGAAGCAAAGAAAGUCCCAGACGAGAUCUACAAGGAGAUGGGUACUCGUGGUUACCUUGCUGGGUUGAUGGGCAUGCAUUACCCAACUCAAUAUACCGAUAACAGAAUCAAGAGUGUACCACCAGAGAAGUGGGAUUUGUUCCACGAGAUGUUGGUCACUGACGAAUUAUCCCGUGCCGCCAGUGGUGGGUUCGUCUGGAACGUCAUCGGAGGUUUCGGUAUUGGAUGCCCUCCUCUUGUCAAGUUCGGUAAGAAAGAGGUUGUCAAGAGAGUCCUACCCGGCAUCCUGAACGGUGAUAAGCGAAUUUGUUUGGCCAUUACUGAGCCGGAUGCUGGUAGUGAUGUUGCCAAUCUUACUUGCGAGGCCAAGUUGACCGAGGAUGGUAAACAUUAUAUCGUCAAUGGUGAGAAGAAAUGGAUCACGAAUGGUAUCUGGUCCGAUUACUUCACCACCGCUGUACGAACUGGUACUCCAGAGAGCGGAAUGAAUGGAAUCAGUGUUCUUCUCAUUGAGAGAAGUAUGGGUGGUGUCAGCACCAGAAAGAUGGACUGCCAGGGUGUCUGGUCUAGUGGAACAACAUACAUCACAUUCGAAGAUGUUAAGGUUCCAGUGGAGAACUUGAUUGGAAAGGAGAACCAAGGUUUCAAAGGUAUUUCCCCCAGCUUCCCAACAACCAUUCCCUUCCUCUUUCAUCUUGAAUUAAAACUAACAUACACCCAGUCAUAAUGACCAACUUCAACCACGAGCGUAUCGGCAUCAUCAUCCAAUGCCUCCGCUUCUCCCGAGUCUGCUACGAGGAAUCCAUCAAAUACGCCCACAAGCGCCGAACCUUCGGCAAGAAACUCAUCGAGCACCCCGUAAUCCGCCUCAAACUCGCCCACAUGGCCCGUCAAAUCGAAGCCUCAUACUCCUGGCUCGAAUCCCUGAUCCACCAAAUCUCCCACAUGCCCGAGCAAAUGGCCAUGUUGCGACUCGGUGGACCCAUCGCCGGCCUCAAAGCUCAAGCAACGGUGACCUUCGAGUUUUGUGCCAGAGAGGCGAGUCAGAUCUUUGGUGGCUUGAGUUAUAGUCGUGGUGGACAGGGUGGGAAGGUCGAGAGACUUUAUAGAGAUGUGAGGGCUUAUGCUAUUCCUGGAGGAAGUGAGGAGAUUAUGUUGGAUUUGAGUAUUCGGCAGAGUUUGAGGGUGGGGAAAGUUAUGGGGAUGAAGUUGUAG